CGGGCUUUAAAGAGUUAAACUAAAGAAAAUGUAAACUUCCUAAUGUUAAUUCAAAACCUAAGUGGUACGGGAUUUGGGGGAACAAUUCUUAUUGAAAAACUGCUGCGUUCGUGUCCAAAGAUAAAAACUGUAUAUUUUAGUGAGACAAAAAAAAGAAAAGCUCCUUCAAGAUCGUGUCAAAGAAAUUACUAAUUCUCAGGUGGCACGGGAUUUGUUGGGAAAGUUCUCAUUGAAAAACUGCUUCGUUCGUGUUCAAAGAUAAAAACUGUUUAUAUUUUAGUGAGAGAAAAAAAGGGGAAGCCAAUUCAAGAUCGUGUCAAAGAAAUGACUAAUUCUCAGAUGUUUGAACCUCUAAGAGCAAUAGAUCCAAAUUUUGAAAACAAAAUUGUAGCGAUGUCUGGUGAUAUAAUAAAACCUAAUUUUGCACUUUCUGACACAAAUUUGGAGUUACUAAAAAAAGAGGUUUCAAUUGUAUUUCAUGUAGCAGCGACAACAAAAUUUAAUGAACCAUUGAAAACAGCCUUUCAAGUAAAUGUUGAUAGUGUAAAAAUUAUGAUUAACAUCUGCAAAGAAUGCAAAAACUUAAAGGCUUUUGUUUAUGUAUCAACAGCAUUUAGUAAUUGCAUUUAUGAGCAUAUUGAAGAAAAAGUUUAUCCAACUCCACUGUCAUAUGAAAAACUAACCGACCUUGUCGGUGUCAUAGACGAAUUAAAUAUGUCCAGAAAAGACGAACUCGAAUUCACCAAAUUAGUUCUCGGCAAGUUCCCAAACACAUAUUGCUUCACAAAAUCAAUUGCUGAAGAAGUUGUCAAUAAAAGUGCAAAAGAACUUCCAGUUUGCAUUUACAGAUUUUCAAUUGCUGUAGCUGCUCUAAAAGAACCUUUAGAGGGAUGGGUGGAUGUAAAACAAGGAAUAACACAUACUUUAGUAGCAAUUGGUUUAGGUCUUAUUCGAGUGUUAUAUGCAAGAGGAAAUGCUAAUAUGGAAAUAGUACCAAUUGAUUUGGUUUGUAAUUGUCUAAUUGCUUCUGCAUGGGAUACAUCAUCUAGCAAAAAAGACGAACCUAAGAGUGUACAAGUAUAUAACUACGUAUCCGGAAGAGAUAACCCAGGGACUUGGUAUUAUUUGCGGAGUUGUCUUCGUUCUCUACGUUUUAAAAUCCCAUUGAACAAACAAUAUUACUUUCCGGAAACAAUAAUGACUGAUUCCUUCUUUUCAUUCCUUAUUCUCCACUACACACUGCACUUUAUUCCAGCUAUUUUAGGAGAUGUAUUUUUAAGAAUACUAGGAAGAAAACCUGUGUUACACAAAUCUUUUAAAAAAGGAUCAAAAUUAGUAUUGGCCAUAAGAUUUUUUUUAUGUGGAGAAUGGAUAUUUGAUACUGACAAUGUUAAAUCGUUGUGGAAAAAACUCUCUGAGAAUGAUAAGAAACUAUUUAAUUUUGACAUCACAUCAUUUACUUGGGAUGAACUAAUACGAAUUUAUUUUGAGGGAGUGAGGAAGUUUGCAUUAAAAACGGAACUUGAUGAAGAAGGAUUGAAAAACGCUGCACGUAGAUUAAGAAGACUUUACUACGUUCAUCAAGUUGUUCGGGGCACAUUCUACGCCAUUGUUUUGUGGCUUGUUUGGAAAAUUUAUAAUCUACUAUUUCUCAGGUUAUAACUCUUCUGCGGAAUAAUAUCUUGAAUUUCACAGAAUAUCUCAAGAAAAGUCGAACCCAUAAGACAGAAGAUGUAGUCUUCAUGAAGAAAAAUUUGAGAAAAUUACUCCAGACUUUCUCAGUGUAAAUCAAAAACUUUUAAAUAACAAUCCUUACAAAAAUUUA